AUGCGGGAUAUCGUCUCCAUUCUUCCACAUCAGCUAAAGAAUGAUUUAAAGAGUGAGAUAACGCUAAAGCUGAACAAACGCUUUGCCAACAAGGUGGUCAUCGAUUUUGGUUUGUGCAUUUGUCUCUUCGAUUUGAUCGAAAUUGGGGACACGUAUCUUUUACCUGGAGAUGGACGCGGGCACAUCAAAGUGAAAUUCCGUUUCAUUGUAUUUCGGCCAUUUGUCGAGGAAAUCAUCGAGGCCAAAGUCAUCGCUUCUUCGAAAUUGGAAAACGAACAGUUAUGGUAUUGGGAAUAUCAACAAGAGGACGAUGAGCCACCGGCGAAACUACACCUGGAUCCAGGAAAAGACGUACGAUUUAGAGUGGUGGAAAACAUUUUUAAUGAUGUUAAACCAGAUUUGAGCGACGAGGAAGCGAAAAAGCAAAAGUCGUUCGAAAUCAUUAGUUCGACGUCAGAAACAGAUCUUGGCUGUACAUCGUGGUGGACCCUAGGAGGAGGAGGAGAGGAAGAAGAGGGUGAUCAAAUGGAAGAA